AUCUCUAUAAAUCCCUUUCUUCUCAUUUCGUAUCAAGUCAAAACUUCAAUUUUGCCGAUUUUAAAAAACCUGCGCGCUCUUUUUCCUCUGUCUCUCGUUGUUCGAUCGAUUCGAUUGCCAUUUCCGGUGAACUCUCCGAUCGCUCAAUCAGAUGGAUACAUCAAACCCUUCAGUUUUUGUCAAUGCUGAGCUUUUACGACUGUAUGUUGGAAGAAGAGUUCGGGCCGUGAUUCAGGUACUGUCUGAAGGCAACGGAGUCAUAUUCGGUAAAUCAACAGAUGACAACCAGAUUACUGUCAAAGGUUCCCCACCCUUUCCUCUUUCGAAGUUUGUUGAGGUGAUUGGAAUUGCUGAUACUGACAAGUCCAUACGAGCUGAUGUGUGGACCAAUUUUGGUGAUUCAUUUGAUACAUCUACCUUCAAUCAACUAUGUCAGCUUGCUAAUGGAGAGUUCAAACACUUGUUUAUCUGAUUUUCAAGCCAGUCAUUCUUUAGCAAGAAAGCUCAUGCUCUAACUUCCCCUCUCGUGGCACACUAAGUCGCCAAUAUUUUCUUCAUGUUCUUCAGAAGCGUCCGAGAUUUACCGUUCAUUUGGUAUUGAACUUUUCAGGUAAGGAAUAUAUAGAAAUUGAAUAUGCAAUGUAUGUUUGUAUUAGAAUAUAUGUUUGUAUUAGAAUAUACUAGAAUGAACAUUGCUUCAAAAUAUUCAUCACAGAUCUAUUUUAAUCAGUUUUGUUGUAGUCUUUUUAGGUUGUUAUGAAGUAUAAACCUCUGUGAAUGCAAAUAAACUGCAAACCGAAUUUCAAAAUGCUA